AUGGCCUCGGACUCGACUCACGCGCAACCUGUAGAACCCACCACUGCCCCGACAGAGAUCGAUAUUGCCAAAUGCGACACUAACGGUGACUCGGGUGAGAACAAUGACGGUCCCCCUUCCAAGAAAGCACGGCUGGAGGAUUUUGCGAAGCCGAAUAGACAUGACCACCCUCUUCGUCAGAAGGGCAUCGCGCCAAUCAAAGCGGAGUUCUUGAUCCCAUCGGCAUCUAUGCCCCAACCGGCGACUGAAACCAACCCCGAUGAUGCGGCCGAAGCUGCCCCCCACGCUGACCGAGAGGAUGACACCAAUGCAAAGAAAAAGAAGAAGCAGAAGCCCAAAGGCCAAAAUACCAACCGCAGCUUUGGCAAAUCGGAGGACGCAAAAGGUCUCUGUAGCUCUCGAAUGUUCAGCCCGGAGUUUUCUCCUCAGGAAUGCACGUUUGGCGAAAAAUGCCGUUUCGAGCAUGACCUGCGAACCUACUUGAAAGACCACAAACGCGAGGAUCUCACCACACUCAAUGGGGUGUGUCCUGGCUGGGAAGCGUUCGGAAAAUGUUCUUCGGGAUGGAAAUGCCGCCUGGUUGGCUCUCAUUCGACUGAAAGAGAAGCCUCUGACGGAAAGAAGGAGCUUAUCUUGCUCGAAGACGAAGCGCGCAAGGAAAAGGCCAGACCCCGUGUACCCUAUGCCACCCUGGAAGGGAUUGUGAACAUUAUCUCGAAUGAGGAUAAGCUCGGACUCGCCAGAAAGAGGGAAAAGACCCCCCGGGCCGAUGCCUAUAACAAUUGGCUCAACCAAGCCACCCAAGCGUUGGAAAAAGACCUCCACAAAAGGUACCAGGACGAGGACAAACCCGCCGAGGCGAAUGGUGAUGGUGAGCAGACAAAACAAGAAAAGGAGGAAAAAGAAGACAACCGCGCCCGUUACGCCGAGCCGCCUUUCCUGCCGUCGGAAAAGAGACGCAUCUAUUUCGGACCCGAGACCCCGACACUGGCACCUCUGACGACGCAGGGCAAUCUUCCAUUCCGGCGUCUCUGCACUGAUCUCGGGGCGCAGUUUACCUAUUCGGAAAUGGCCAUGAGUAUGCCGUUGAUACAAGGGUCCAAGUCGGAAUGGACUCUGUUGAAAGCCCACGAGUCGGAAGUGCUCCCACCCUCUGUCAUCCCAGGAGAGAACGUUGUGCAAGGCUACGAUAAUUCCAAGGACAGUAAAUUUGGCGCUCAGAUUGCUGCCAACAAACCGUGGCAAGCUCUUAAGGCGACCGAGGUGCUGUCGAAGUUCACACCGCACCUGCGUGUGAUUGACUUGAACUGUGGAUGCCCGAUCGAGCUUGUGUACCGCGAUGGAGCUGGGUCUGCCCUGCUUGAACAUCAUUCAAAACUGGAGAAGAUCAUCCGCGGGAUGAACAGCGUCUCGCAGGAGAUCCCUAUUACUGUUAAAAUUCGGAUGGGAACUAAGGACAAUCACCCCACCGCCUUGAAGCUCGCUGAGCGUCUUGUUCUGGGCGGCUACGAGUCGAGCGUUUUGGAUGUUGGUCCUCCAGGUGCUGCGGCAAUCACACUCCACGGACGGAGCAGACAGCAGCGCUACACAAAACAGGCAGACUGGGGAUAUAUCUCGGAGUGUUCAGCGCUGAUCAAACGGAUUAACGAAAAGAAGGAUAUGGUCACCGACACGAUCUACGAAGCGGACGCCCGGUACCAGCCGAACGGAGGGAAAACCUACUUCCUCGGAAACGGAGACUGCUACUCUCACGUCGACUAUGAUGACCACGUCAACAAUGCCGGCGUAGACUCGGUGAUGGUCGCCCGUGGUGCCCUGAUCAAGCCGUGGGUCUUCGAGGAGAUUCAAACUGGCCAGUAUCUGGACAAGUCCGCGUCGGAGCGCCUGAGUAUUGUUGAGAAGUUCGCCAAGUACGGUCUUGAGGCGUGGGGAUCUGAUGAGCAUGGUGUGGGCACAACCCGACGCUUCCUGCUAGAAUGGCUAAGCUUUGCCUAUCGCUAUGUCCCCAUUGGGUUGCUGGAGUACCUUCCCCCUCAUAUCCAGGACCGACCGCCGGCGUGGCGGGGCCGAAAUGACCUGGAGACACUUUUGGGCAGCGGCAAUUACAAGGACUGGAUCAAGAUCACUGAGAUGUUCCUGGGUCCUGCGCACAAGGACUUCAAGUUUGAGCCGAAGCAUAAAUCAAAUGCCUACGAGGCAGAAGCAGAGGGCUAG